UCCGGGUCAGGCCUUCUCCCGCCGGGCGGGGACCUCUCCUCUCCAUGGCGAGCGGUAGCGGCGCGGGCGCGGGCGCGGGCUCGGCGGCGGCGGCCUCGGCCAACCUCAACGCGGUGAGGGAGACCAUGGACGUUCUGCUUGAGAUUUCAAGAAUUUUGAAUACCGGCUUAGAUAUGGAAACACUGUCUAUUUGUGUACGGCUUUGUGAACAAGGAAUCAACCCAGAGGCCUUAUCAUCUGUUAUUAAGGAGCUUCGCAAGGGUACUGAAGCACUAAAGGCUGCUGAAAACACAGGCUGACUUCCAGAGAAUUCCUGAUGAGAUAUGUCAAGCUUGGCAAGAAAAUUUGAAGAUUCCAUCGUAGUCAAGAUAUAAAAUGACAAUGCUGCAUGCUGCAUAGAAAAUGUUUUCUUUUAAAAAGAAUUAUAAAUCCAUGGCUGAGCGCGUCAAUGGGAAGUGGCUUGAGAGAGAACUAGCGCGUGUGUUUACAUCCCGUCUUGUUGUAAUGGCCCCAACUCCAUAGUGUUGCCACACUUAUUAUUAUUAUUCCUUAUUUAUAGCUCUGCUAGCUGUGAGUUUCUAAACAGCAUCUGGCAGAUAUGCACAGCUGCUGGGCCUGGGUGAAGUUAGUGGGCUGUAUCAGGGGUGAUGAGUAGUAGUGAUUGGGACUUGUCGACAUUUCCAGUAUAAACCUUAAUUUUGAAUUGUUUAAGCAUAAAAACUGGCUGUGUGUUCCAUUGAGCUGCAAAUUGAUGGGAUUUGAGCUGCUGUUUGUGAAUUUUUCUUUGUUUCACAUCUUGUUUUUAAAAAUAAGAUCAAAAACAUCUCAAAUCAUCUUCUUAACAGAAUAUUUACUUUUUAAAAGUUUUUUUGGGCAGUUAACGUGUAAAGAAGAUCAUUUUUAUAUUGCCGAAAACUUAGAACUUUUAGAAACUUGGAUUUUUUAAAGAGGAAUGCCAGGGCUUGACUUGGCAAUAUUUUUAGUUUGAACCAUUAAAAUCUAAUAAGAACAGCU